CUCUCCAUGGGCGAAGUGCUUUACCGCCCUCGCUGCAGAUUUGCUUACCAGUAAUUUGUACGAGCUGAACAAAGGCCAGUCGGAUGAAAUUACCUGGGGUCAAGCCCACGUCCAAUGCCGGGGAAACGGCGACAGGUCAGAGGAUGCAGAACGGGAGUGAUGACAUCGAUAAUAAUUUCCCAAAGUGCUAUUACCGGAUCAUUAGUACGAUGGAGCAUAAUGUUCUAAUUUCCGUAUUUUAUAUCGUAUGGUACCUUGCAGAGGGCGCCAUCGUUACGAAAUAUAGACAUUGCGGUUUGACUCCAAGUUGACUCGACCGAUCCAUUUGGACUUUCGAAGAACGACGCUCGCCAAAGUUGGUGGCAACAGCAGCACCGCGUGCUUGUCGGUCCCCAGCGGGAAGUGAAGUGAAGUGAAGUGGAGGGCAGGCAAGGCGAGGCAAGGCGAUGCGUGUACAAGACAGGACAUCCCCGAGGACAGUCACAAGGUGUAUGCGGAGGCUGCUGCAACAGCCCGAGAGGAAAAAGUGCGGGCUAGACACUCUCGUACGAGGAUCUGACAGGCCCGACUGCGAAGCGAUCGAAUUGAAGAGAAAGGCGGAUGAUGAUGGCGGACAGGAGCCGUAUUGUCAUAUCUAUCAUGGCAAUAAUGGGUUUCGGCGCACCCAACACUCUCGCUUGCUUGCUUACUUGUGUUGCAGCGAGUGUUCCCUCGAGCCGAGCCGAGCUGAGCUGAGCUGCGCAGCCAUGAAGCUGAUGGAUAACUCGUACAUUGAAUGUCGGCACGUGCCCAGUCGCGUCCAUCGAGUGAGUGAGUGGCCGGACAAUCGCAGUCCACUCACAUGUCCGAGCAGGCAUCCGGCCUGCCACGCUGGCACCCUCCACCUUCCACCUGACCGACCUCCGCGCACCGUCAUCACCCUCGAGGGUCCGAGGUGUCGAGCCGAAAGCCUGAAGACUGAAGUGCUGCGGUGGGUCGCACUAACGCCGUGACACUCCGACGGGGCAGGGAGGGGUCGACCUCCCUCCCGCCGACGGCUUUUCAUCUCGUCCGUCGAUUCAAUUCUUUCCGACGAGACGAAUUAAAGAGGAAAGGUGACAAAUGCACUUCUUUCUCGUGGCCGAGGAGGGAUUUAUUUUUCUUUUGAUUUUCCUUCUUCCGGCGCUCGCUUGCUUCUUUUCUACAUUUUAGUUCAUAAUUUUGGGCUACCGCAUUCAGAUGCUCGUGUCGCCGGAACAAAACCCUAAAUAAACUUGGAAUAUCGCGUCUAGAUAUAAGAAGGUGACAAAAUAGCAAAAGCUUGACAAAAAACACUCGAUAGGCUUUUUUUUAGGCCUUUGAUGUGCGCCAAUCGUGUAUUUCAAGUGACCUUUGUCUUGAAAGGGCUCUAGGGAUGAAGUAGAAGUUAUGCCCAAAGAUUGGUAACACCUUAUCAAGACUUCCACUGGCUCAACAAAUAGCUAAGUUGUAGCUAUGUCGCAAGACUAUCGGCGAAAAAUAUAUCCAAAUGAAUCUGAAAACCU